AUCGCAUAACACAGUGGGCAUGCCACGAGCGUGACACAGCAGCGAGCUAUGCUUCAUAAUCAGUAGUAGGAAUCUGAACGUUACAUUCUAUCGACGUGCUCGCAACUUGCGGCUCCACGUCCACAGAAAAUCACUUCCACAUUGCGACGAGUAGCGGUUAGGCGCCGUCACCACUGGCAGUUUCUGUUGCGCCACAAAGCGCGGCUAGUGCCUGCAUUACAAUCAUGGACAUGACCGAACUGGCAUCCGUCAAGGCUACGCCGAACGGGGCAGGUGACAAUGUGGACCGAACAGUGGGCCUGCCGUCUUCAUUUUUUUCCGUACCGGUUGCCGAUCCGGAAGUGAACUACCGCAACUGGUACGCGGCCAAGAAGAGCGUUUCCGAGGGCCUUUUCGACGUGGCGUUGCUCUCGGCCAAUGGGGCGCAGCUCAAGCACGUGCUCCAGUCCGGACCCGGCUUCGACUUCUACACCCCCAUCCUGAUCCUGGUAUCACUCUCCAUUGCCUUCCAGGUUAUACAAAUGGGACUCCUUGUGGUCAUUGGCUUCCUGGACCUCUCGAAAGAGUGCCACCAGAGACGUGCGGAGCUGCUCACCAACGUGGCGACCGUCAUCGCAACCGUGGUAGCCAUGAUCAACGUUGUCGCCGCUUCCUUCAAUCUCAGACACGAGCACGACGGGACUAAAUGAUUGGCAGAAACGCACUUCACCCCGCACGAAGGACUCGCACUGCUUCAAGGAACGGACUAUGCUACCUCGCCGUAGCGUCCGUCAUUGUUCGACUACGUGGACAUAUGCGCGUGGCCUGCUUUCAUUGUUCGACUGUGUCUCUCAUUGUGGAGAAAACAGUGACAGAGCAGGGCAACGGUUGUCCUUGUUGCUCGUUCUUUUGCUGCGCCUACAUAACGUCACAACGCAAUAUGAAUUCGCCAAGCGUUGUUGCCAUUCCUGACUUGCGGUGUCAUGGGCAUAGAUCAAAGCAAUCGAAGCAGUCUGAGGCAUCGUCAACUUGCGUUUUUCUUUCAACGCUGGCAGCUUUCACUAACUGUGUUUUUGUGUAAUACGCUGCACUGAAACAUGUCGUUGAAAGUACUGGUGUGCCAAGUAAAGCGGCUUGCUUAGCUCUGUUUUUCGUAGUAGUCGAAAAACAGAGCUAAGCAAGCCGUGAAAAGACGCGAAAUACACGAAUGCUACUAAUAAACACCAUGCAUGGGGCAAGGGCUUUACUGUAUACGUUUAACUCCCCCUGCUGCUUUCCGUCACUUAGUGCAAUUUUAUUUUGGCUAAACACUUACUAAAUCAUCUAAGCUGCAAAUAGUUUACUAUGGAUGUCGUUAGCGCUCUUUCUGCUCUCAUUGUAUUUUUCGUUUUUAUGCAAUGAGCUGGUCAUAAUAUCAUUGCCAAAUAGAAACCUAGAAUCUCUUUCCCAACAAGCGCUAGUUACGUCGUUCAUUUCGUGAGGACUGUUGUAGGAUCAUUGUGCGAUUGUGAAGACUUCUGGUGAAGAUCAUUGUCCUUCUGCACUGCUGCUGCAGCGAGAUUAGCCCGUGUGAUUGUAAAAAUCAUUAAAAAAUGA